CGGGACAAUUUUAACUUUCUGUAACGUUUGUCAGGAUGCCCCCUCCUCCCAGCGCUAGGCGGUGCCCCGUUCACCGGCAAUCCCAGCAUACAUCGCGCCUUCAUUAGCAUUUAUCUACAGGAGCUGCGUGAGACACAGUUAGAACAAGAUAACGACAUACGUAUAUAAAAUAUACCGUAACGUAAAGAACCAACGACAAAAUGAGCGACAGCGAGAAACUGGACAAGCAGCGACUGAAGAACUUUAAGAAUAAAGGGCGAGAUCUGGAGACGAUGAGAAGACAGCGGACGGAAGUGGUGGUUGAACUCAGAAAGAAUAAGAGAGAUGAACACCUCCUGAAGAGAAGGAACGUACCACACGAGGACGUCUGUGAUGAUUCUGACGCUGAUGGAGAUUUCAGAUCGCAGAACACGUCUCUGGAAGCCAUAGUGCAGAAUGCCACCAGUGAUAACCAAGGCAUUCAGCUGAGCGCCGUGCAGGCCGCGCGGAAGCUGCUGUCGAGUGACCGCAACCCUCCCAUAGAUGAUCUGAUCAAGUCUGGGAUUCUGCCCAUCCUGGUGCACUGUCUGGACAGAGACGACAACCCUUCUCUUCAGUUUGAGGCGGCCUGGGCUCUGACCAACAUCGCAUCUGGCACGUCUGAGCAGACGCAGGCUGUGGUGCAGUCGAAUGCGGUUCCUCUGUUCCUGAGGUUGCUGCAUUCUCCUCAUCAGAAUGUGUGUGAGCAGGCCGUGUGGGCUUUAGGGAACAUCAUUGGGGAUGGUCCGCAGUGCAGAGAUUAUGUCAUCAGUCUGGGAGUGGUCAAACCUCUGCUGUCCUUCAUCAGCCCCUCCAUACCCAUCACCUUCCUCCGAAACGUCACCUGGGUCAUGGUGAACCUGUGUCGUCACAAAGACCCGCCUCCACCGAUGGAGACCAUACAGGAGAUUCUGCCUGCGCUGUGUGUGCUCAUUCACCACACUGAUGUCAACAUUCUGGUGGACACCGUGUGGGCUCUGUCGUAUCUCACCGAUGCUGGCAAUGAGCAGAUUCAGAUGGUCAUUGACUCAGGGAUUGUGCCGUAUCUCGUGCCAUUACUCAGUCACCAGGAGGUGAAAGUUCAGACGGCAGCGUUGCGAGCGGUGGGGAACAUCGUGACAGGAACUGAUGAACAAACUCAGGUUGUGCUGAACUGUGAUGCUUUGGGUCACUUUCCUGCUCUCCUCACACACCCUAAAGAGAAGAUCAACAAGGAGGCGGUGUGGUUUCUGUCUAACAUCACCGCUGGGAAUCAGCAGCAGGUUCAAGCGGUUAUUGAUGCUAAUCUGGUGCCCAUGAUUGUUCAGCUGCUGGACAAGGGGGAUUUUGGCACACAGAAAGAGGCAGCGUGGGCCAUCAGUAACCUGACCAUCAGCGGCCGGAAGGAACAGGUGGCGUAUCUGAUCCAACAGCAGGUGAUUCCUCCAUUCUGUAGUCUGCUGACAGUGAAGGAUGCUCAGGUGGUUCAGGUGGUUCUGGACGGGCUCAGUAAUAUUCUCAAGAUGGCUGAUGAAGAAGCCGAGACCAUCGCUAACCUCAUCGAGGAGUGUGGAGGUUUGGAGAAGAUUGAACAGUUACAGAAUCAUGAGAAUGAAGACAUCUACAAACUGGCUUAUGAAAUCAUUGAUCAGUUCUUCUCAUCUGAUGAUAUCGAUGAGGAUGCUAACCUGGUUCCUGAGCCCAUCCAAGGAGGAACGUACGGCUUCAAUUCCUCUACCAACGUGCCAGCAGAAGGGUUCCAGUUCUAGAAGUUGAUGUGAAAUGUGGAGUUUGGUUUGUGAUGCAGCACUCUGUUCAACAUUAACAAUAAUUAGGCGAGCGAGCGAAAGUGUGAGGAAAAAUGAGAUCUGUUGUGCAUGGCUGGUGGGAUCCACGGCUGCAUCAAAUCCAAGAGAAUUUGAGUUCUGAAGGAAACGCUCCACGGGACGUUUGAGAUGGCUUUGAGUGGAUGCGAGUGCGAGUGAGUGGCUGACGACUACGUUUCAAACGACCAUCAAACCGAAUGCUCGGAGAGCGAACUUCACUAAAACGAUCUGGCGUCUGUCUUUCCAAAUUGAAAACGAGGAAGAUGUCACACAUUAGAAAUCAGAGGCAAGAAUAAAGAAGAACCUCACCGACACUUCUGAGGUCACCUGGAUGAGUGUGUGUUUGUGAAUGUGUGCGUGUAUGUUUGUGUUCAUCUUCAGCGCUGGAGACGGCUCUCUCCCCGCACACCCACGGGGUCCCGCCUGGGUGGACGUAAUGAUGUGCGCGCGGGCUUGACUGACUGACUGACUGGAGAAAUGCACGACUGAAUGUAAAGAUGCAGCAGUGAGUGGACAACGAGAAAUUCAACAGCGCGUGUGGAGGGUGACCAAUCUGACGAAAUAUGAAUUGGCCUGGAAUAAUCAGUCACCUUCAAUGGAUUGACUGGAUAUCAGUGAUCUAAAGAAGACAAUGUCAUGACGUUUAAAUUUCUUUUUCAUUUGAAUGCUUUUUUUUGUUGGUGACACUGGAGCUCUGGGCGUUGAGAGGAUCAGUCGAGUGCCGUUUGGCCCCGGUGUUUUUUUUUCCGUCUUCCUCGGUUUUGGUUUUUAUUUCAUUUUAGUUUCUCAGUGCUGGUGUAAAUACAUAUAAAACACGCUGUGCACGGUUGUACCUUUGCACAAUCUUGGGCUGUCGUACGUUUCAGAUGCUUUCUGUUGUCAUGAGGGGAGGGAUUACACACAUGGCCAUUUUAUGUGUGAGAGAUUCCUUUGCAUGUGCUUCACUACAGCAUACUUCAUUUUAGUGAGUUUUAGUUUUAGUGUUUUUUUUUGUUUUUUUUAGAGAAACUGCUGUGCUGUUUGUCAUAAUUUUUAUGUCUCUGCCCACUUCUGGCCCUGUCUGACAAGCAGUUCUUCACCAAUGUUGCACAUGUAUUCUUAAUUGCAGGCACCCUCAAAGCCGAUGUGUAGAUCUUUAUUUAUAGAUGUCCAGUGUUGAGCUACAGCAACAGAUACAUACAGGAAUAAAUGAACGACGAUCACUUUCCCACCGUUUUUCAGUUUCUUUCCGUUUUCAUAACCUCUUGAUGGCUAUAUUUGGUUUGAUUUACACCCCACCCCCCCCCCCACUGCAUUCCUUGUUUGCAAAUAUGUAGUUUCAAAGAAUAAACUAGAUGGUAUACAUACCCUGUUGGACAUAGACUACAGGCUCUGUACCUAUUCAAAUAAAUAUUCAAAGUCUG